AUGGCCUCCCUCGUCCACUUUGAGGAGAAGGUCCAUAGGAAGAAGCUUCAGAGGGCGAACACCAUUCCAUUGCUAUUCCCAAGGUUGCUUUGCCAGAUCCUGGAGCAUAUGGGUUUUCCUACUGAGCCUCAGCACGAGCGUCGCCGCAUUUGUCGAGAGCGAUUCACUCUUGACAAAUGGAAUCAGUUGGCGGGCUAUUUUGCAUUUCCAGGAGCCCAUCCCAUGGUAGCACCUCCAGAGCCUCCACAAACGGAGCAAACAAAGUCUACUCUAGUAUCUAUAAAGCAGGGCGAGCUUCCGACAAAGACUAUACCACCUGCCCCUGCAUCACCUACUUCAGCACCACCAGUGCCCAUGCCUGAGGCUGUUUCUGCUGCUCCCCCUAUGACUCCUACUGUUCCACCUGUUGCUCCUACUACAUCCGAGCCUUCCAUCACCAUCUCUGCUUCGGAGUUUCGCGGCCUUCCUAACCUUUCUGCAUUAUCAGAGCCUUUAGCUCCAGUUGAGGAUACUAUUCCAACUGAGGACACUACCACAGCAGAGGUCCAGAUGUUGCCACCUCAGGAGGCCACCACAGAUGCCAUUGCUUCAGUUGAUCCUCAGGAUGAGCCUCAGACAGUUGACACAAUCACAACUACACCUGAGGAUGCAUCAUCUCCACCUGAGGCUCCCACUAUUUGA